CACACAUUGAAGCAGACAGUUGACUUCUCUGUUAACUUCAACGGAACUUGUGACAAUGGCUAACAUGGUCGGAGGAUUCACUGAGACGAUGGAUGCCACUGAGGAAACUCAGAAGUUUUGUGAUCAGGUGAAGUGCCAAGUAGAGGAAAAGACAAAUGAGAAGUAUGAGACAUUCUUGGCCGUUAAAUACAGGAGUCAGGUUGUGGCUGGACAAAUCUUCCUCAUCAAGGUUCACGCAGGAGGAUACCUUCUUCUGAAAGUCCUCAAAAAGCUUUCAUGUAAUGGAGGAGAUAUCGUGCUGCUUGAUUUACAAGAGGACCACGGCAAAGACGACCCCAUCGUACCGUUCUAAUGUGAUCACACAGCUUUCAACUCUUCUUCAACCUGAAAUAAUUACACACAAUGAUAUUCCUUUACAGUAAGGUUCAGUGUUUCAUUUAAAAUGUAUUAACAUGUGGUGGAUAUUCAUUGUUGGAAGGGAGGAGGUUGUAUUUUGUAAAGGAAUAAUAAAGAAUACAUCAGAAAAAGA